AUGCGAAUUGAUCGCAGUCCGAGCAGUCGAGGUUUGCAGUUUAGAGGUGAUACCAGCGAGUCGGCUAACAAUGGGGACAACCCAAGGUUAUCCGAGUAUAACUUCAAUAUUGACGUCACAGAUCUUGUCUCAGCCGUUGGCCAUAUUAAGGAUGCAAGAUGGCCGAGGCCACUAAGAUUUGACCCUGCUCAAAGAUAUCCAAGUGUGAUGUACGAGUAUCACAGUACUCAUGGUCAUAGGAUAGAAGAUUGUCAUCAACUGAGAGAGGAGGUGGCUCGAUUAUUGAAAAAUGGUCACCUUCGUGAGUUCUUAAGUGAUCGAGCCAAAGGAAGUUACAAGGGCAGGGAAUGUCGCAAGCAGGUUGAGCCCAUGGAGCCUCAGCAUGUGAUUAAUAUGAUAAUCGGUGGAACAGAAAUGUCACGAGGUCUGAUGAUGAAGAGGACGAAGGUCUCGGUUGUUCGUGAGAAAAGAAGAAGUGAUUAUGUGCCCGAAGGAUCUAUUUCCUUUAACAACGAAGAUGCAGAGGGCAUCUUUCAGCCCCAAAACGAUGAUUUGGUAAUUUCUAUCCUUAUUUUUAAAUCUCAAGUUAAUCGUAUUUUGAUUGAUCUAGGUAGUUCAGCUAAUAUUAUCCAGUGGAGAGUGGUAGAACAACUUGGGCUAUUGAACCAAAUUGUGCCAGCAGCUCGGGUACUCAGCGGAUUCAACAUGGCAAGCAAAACUACUAAGGGAGAAAUCUCUUUGCCGGUAAACAUCGCCGGGACUAUUCGACAAACGGUGUUCUAUGUCAUCGAAGGUGAGGUGAAAUAUAACGUGUUGCUCGGUAGACCAUGGAUUCAUAGCAUGAGGGUUGUACCCUCGACAUUACAUCAAAUUUUGAGGUUUUCAACAUCAGAAGGGAUAAAGCAGUCUGUGGAGAGCAACCCGCGGCAAGGGAGAAGUUCGCAGUCGAAGAGCAUCCCACUCAAUGGGAACCAUCCCUAA